AUUUUGGAUUCAGAUUUAGAAAUUCAAGCCAAAUAAGCUCAACCAUGGUAUUCUCCGCUCAUUAUGAUAAUAGUGAUAGUGAUUAUGAUCGUGAUUGUGAUUGUGAUUAUGGUUGUGAUGAGGAUAAUAGUGAUUGUUUCGAUGAUGACGGUAAUGGUGAAUUCUUUGAUAUUGAUCCUGCUGAUUUCUGUAAACUUCAGAAUAGCAAAUAG